AUGGCUGUUUCCCAAAUCUCUCUUUUCGAGUUGAAGCCAGGACAUUGUGCUCGGAUCAUUGUGACACGCCUGCUCCGCUUCUGGGAAGCAAGGAAUGCUAAGAAGGGCGGCGAACUAAUGGGUGUGGAUAUGCUUCUCUUGGAUGAUCAGUCUUACCUUAUCCAAGCAUCUGUUUAUGUCCAUCAGCUGAACACUUUCCGUGAGCUUCUUCGUGAAGGAGCUAUGUACGAGCUAAGUGGGUUUGACGUUACUAGAAGCAAAGCAACAAUAAUUUUAAGCUAUGUGAUUCUGCUGUGUCUAUCCGGCUUACUGAGUUUACAAAGAUGGUUGAGGUGCCUGCAGUUGCCAAUCCGAUUCCUACUGAGCGGUUCAGACGUCAUUGGUGAGGUUUCUGAUAUAAGGACUACAUACAAUGACCACGCUCAGACAACUCAGCGAGUGAUGAUUACCAUCAAAUUAGAUAACGACGCAUCUGUGUGCGUCAGUGUUUUUGACAGUGUAGCUGAUCUACUCCACAAGAGGCUGGAGAUUGGUGUUGUCCAACCUAAAAUGAUGGUUGCUAUGAGUAUCAAUCCUAAGUUUGUAGGAGGACAACUCUAUCUUAAUGCUACCUAUGGGACUCAUUUUUAUUUUGACAAUGAUGUAUCAGCAAGCCAGACUCUAUUUGAGCAAAAGUGGGAAGCAGUAUGGGGUGUGAAGAAGGUUGAACCAGUUUCACUUGGGGAGUUGAACAACUACGUCCUUGGGUCACCUCCUCAGACUAUUGAGUUCCUCUGCAAAGCCAGAAUUGUGUCAUUGGAGACAACAAACGGAUGGUGUUAUAUCUCAUGUGCUAAGUGUUCGAAGAAGCUCCAGCAAGGAAUAUCCUCAUUCACUUGCACAACAUGUUUUAAUGCCAAUGCUGUUGGGGUUGUCAGAUACCGGGUUGAGAUGCUGGUGGAGUCGGGUGAAGAUACAGCUGUGUUUGUUGUAUUCGAUUCAGCUAUGUCUAAGCUGACAGGUGUCAGAGCCGCUGAGGUUGCAAACCCUAUGGGACAAGGAGAACAAGACCCAGCAGGCUAUCAAAUCCCUCAAUUUCUGCAAGACAUUUCCUUCACUUUUGCCAGAAUCUUUGAUCCCAAUGACAGGAUUCCUGGACCUUCUUUCGCACCAUAUGGUGGUGGUCACAACCCUGAUGAUGAUACGCAUGGAAACAAAUGUCCUUCUUACAAGCUCGUACUCAUCGGUGCCUCCAGUGGUAGUAAACCCAAUGGUGGCGGUGGUGAGGAUCUCAAGGCAUCAUCUGGUGAUCGGGGGAUGAUGGGAAGCACUGAGCAGCAGCAAUCUAUUCCUGAAAGUGUUCAUGAGAAUGCACCAAGUUCAACUGAGGAGAAUCCACCAAAGAAGGCUCGAAAUGCAUAG